CGCACAAACCCAAUCUUCUCUUCUUAUUCCAAACGCUACCAAAUCACAAUAAAGUCUCACACUAUCAUCUCAUCAAUUCUUCUCUUUUGCUCUCAAUCCUGGUACCACUCUCCCCUUCAGUCGCCGUCAACUCUCUCUUGACCUCGAUAUUCUCUCUGGACGGCCUAUGCACGGGUGCUUGUGAUUUAGGUUUUGGCUAGUUAACGUAUUGGAUAAAAGGAUGUCGAGUCAAAGAAACACACACUGGUGCUACCAAUGCAGUCAACCAGUUCAGCUUCAAAGUGGUAAUCUUGUAUGUCCGUAUUGCGAUGGAGGUUUUGUUCAAGAACUUAAUGAGGUCAGAAGCAAUAAUUUCCGCGAUGUAGAAGAACUUAGUCAGCAUUUUAGAGCUCGAAGAGAUAGAGAUUCUGAGGAUAGAUUUGUGGAACCUUUUUCAGGUCCUGGAUUUGAAAUUAUGGAUGCACUUGAUGCUUUUGUAAGGCAGAGAAUGGUAAGUGGGAAUACCAAUUUUGAUAUUAGAUCAAGAUCAGGUAUGGUCCCUGAACAUAAUAUGGCUUUUCGUCGUGGUCCAUGGUUGAUAUUCCGUCAAGGUCCUGUUCAUGCUUCCAAUAAUGAUGCUCUUGAUUUGCUAUUCAAUGGUAGUCCACGGAUGGGGCAGCGUAAUUUUCGUGAUAUUUUUAUGGGACCUGGACUGGAAGAGUUAAUUGAACAACUCGCCUUGCAUGACAGGCAGGGUCCAGCUCCUGCUCCUCGUUCCGCUAUUGAUGCGAUGCCUACAAUUAAGAUCACUCAAAGGCAUCUUAACAUCGACACCCAUUGCCCCGUAUGUAAAGACAAGUUUGAACUUGGUACUGAAGCGAGGCAGAUGCCCUGUAACCAUAUCUACCAUUCUGACUGCAUUGUUCCGUGGUUGGUUCAACACAAUUCUUGCCCAGUCUGUCGUGAUGAGCUUCCUUCAAUGGGUUCUGGAAGUUCUCGUACUAAUAGGAGUUCAAGGAAUGUUAACCCAAGCAACGGUAGAGGGAGCAACAACGGUAAUGGUGGGGAGAAUCAGGGAAGGAGGAAUCCAUUCUCGUUCUUGUGGCCAUUUCGUUCAUCAAACCAAAGCAGUCAGAACUUUGAUGAAGCAGGAGCAACCAGCUCAACCACUAUGAAUGAAGAGAACAACAAUAGGUCAUAUUACCCUGGAUGGCGUUUUAAUUAUUGAGUCUACUGCAGCUAGCCUCCCUCUCUUGUGGCAGCACUUUGUGGUGAAACUCCAUUGUGUCAAGUUCUGCUUUAUAACUUAGUAUAUAAUCUAGCUGGUUUGUGUGUAGUUUUGUAUUUGCCUUGCCUUGGACUUCAGUCUGCUUUCAAAGGUAAGGUAUGGCAAAGGUCAUUUGUCCUUAUUAGUACUGUAUCUUGUGUAAUUUUUUUUAAAUCUUUUUUGAGAAAAUAAUGGUUGAUAUCAAGCGUCUCUAGUGUGUGGCUGAAUAAUUCACAGAUUAUUGCUAUUUA